GCUUGUGCCAUCGGGUUUUCUCUCUAUUCUUCUCCUCCUGCUUUCUCUCUACUUUCUCUCUCUAGGUAUUGGCGGUUGAAUCGAGAGGCAUCGCCGGAGAAAUCGAGAUCGUACUGGUGGCCUUCGAAUACACUAUACCUAACAAUGAAGAUUUUCGUAAAGACUCUAAAGGGAACUAACUUCGAAAUCGAAGUGAAACCUGAAGACACGGUUGCUGAUGUGAAGAAAAAUAUAGAAACCGUUCAAGGACAAGAUGUGUACCCUGUUGCACAACAGAUGCUUAUUCAUCAGGGAAAGGUUCUUAAAGACGGCACAACACUAGAAGAAAAUCAGGUUGCUGAAAACAGUUUUGUUGUCAUCAUGUUAUCAAAGAAUAAGAGUUCACCAAGUGAAGGUUCAACCACAUCAACUGCACUUACGACUAAGGCACCACAGACAAGUUCCUCACCUCCUAGUUCAGCACCAGCUCCAGCUCCAGCUCCAGCACCAGCACCAGCACCAGCACCAGCAGCCUCUCAACCUUCUGUAACGACGACACUACCAUCUGGUGUUCCGGGACCUGCACCUGCAACAGCUCCAGCAUCCGCAACAGCUCCUGCAUCUUCAGUUAGUGCUGCGCCACAAGCUGUUGUCUAUGACCAAGCAGCAUCAAAUCUGGUUGCUGGAAACAAUCUUGAAGGUGCGAUUCAGCAAAUUCUCGAUAUGGGUGGAGGGACUUGGGACAGGGAUACUGUUGUGCGUGCACUCCGCGCUGCUUACAACAACCCAGAGAGAGCUGUUGAAUAUUUAUAUUCUGGUAUUCCUGAGCAAGCUGAGGUUCCGCCUGUGGCCCGAGCCCCGGCAGGUGGGGAGGCUGCAAACCCUCCAGCUCAGCCAGCACAACCAGCACAUGUUCCUUCAAGUGGACCAAAUGCAAAUCCGUUGGAUCUCUUUCCGCAGGGUCUCCCCAACAUGGGUUCAGAUGCUGCUGCUGGUGCAGGCACCCUUGAUUUUCUGCGCAACAAUCAACAGUUCCAAGCCUUAAGAGCUAUGGUGCAGUCCAAUCCACAAAUGUUGCAGUCCAUGCUUCAAGAGCUAGGGAAGCAAAAUCCUCAGCUAUUGAGGCUUAUUCAAGAGCAUCAGUCUGAUUUUGUUCGUCUGAUCAAUGAACCUGUUGAAGGUGGAGAGGGGAACAUACUGGAGCAGCUUUCUUCGGCAAUGCCCCAGGCUAUAACAGUUACACCCGAGGAGCAUGAAGCCAUAGAACGUCUGGAAGCAAUGGGGUUUGAUCGAGCAAUUGUAUUGGAGGUGUUCUUUGCUUGCAACAAGAAUGAAGAAUUGGCAGCCAACUACCUUUUAGAUCACAUGCAUGAGUUUGAUGAGUGAUGUGUAAAGGUGGAACAACGUUCUCUCCCUCUGUUUUUCGUUUCUCUCUCUCUCUCUCUCUCUCUCUCUCUCUCAUAUGGUAUUUUUUAUCGUCUUAUUUCUCUUUUUUUCGUAGUGCAUAUACUCGGACCCAACUCAUGGUUUGGGGUUUUUAUGACAUUGAGUGCUGGAGAGGAGAUAAAAUGUGAGGGUGUAACUUUCUCAUGCUUCUACCCUUGUUUUCUUCCACCGCCUUUGUUAGGAACAUAUAAUGGUAUCUAUAUACACAAUACUCGUGGCAGUUCAUUAAA